GCGGGGCCUCGAUGACACUGAUAGAAGGGCGGAACUGUGGCCCCUGACUGUGGUUUAAAACUACCAGGGUUGGCCAAGUCCCCAGCUCCACUUCCAGCACUCACUCACACAGUCAUCCUCCACAGGCCCGUGCAGCUGCAGCCAGCAUGUCGAACUCGGAGAGGGUUGUGUUAGCUCUGGGAGGAGCGGGCAUGGUGGGUUCCGGGGUAGUUAAAGCACUUCUGGACAAAGGUUUCAAAGUGGCAGUGAUCUCCAGGGAAAGCAGUCGACUGGAGAAGCUCCAAUCAUUCGUUUCUCCCAGCACAAAGGAGAACCUCACCACUGUAGUGGGGGAUGUGGGCUCAGAGGAGGGGGCAGAGCAGGUGAAGCAAGAGCUGCUGAAGGUGGUGGGGAAGGUGACAGAUGUUGUGUCCUCUCUGGGCUUCAGCUGGUGGCAGGGAGGACCCCCCCACACACAGUCCCUCAAAGACCUGAACUGGGUCAUGGAGACAUUACUUUUCAGCACAUUUGUGUCAUGGAAGGCCUUCUUCCCCUUGGUGAGGGACGACUCCAAUUCUACCUACACCUUCAUCACAGGAGGAGCCGGGGAGAAGCUGCUGAUGCCUGGGACCGGCUUCCUGACUGUCGGCGCUGCCAGCACCCUGGCCUUCUGUCAGGUUCUGCGAGAGGAGUAUCCUGAGGUGCCCUGCAAACUCAACCAGAUGAAGAUCAACGCAGGUGUAGGCACCCCAGAGCGCAUGGCCCCCGGGUUCCUGAACCACCUGGAGCUGGGUGAGGCUGUGGCCACCCUAAUGGAAAGACGAAGCCCCUCCCACUCCGUCGUCACUGUCAACUGCCCGGCCGACCUAAAGACUGUUUGUCUGGAGAGGAACCUUUAGACACAGAAACCCCUGUGACACCAGCCCCCCCCCCCCUCUGCUCACACAGCCACAGCGUGCUGCAUUUGUUUCCCUCCUUAAAAUCCGUGCCCAGCUUCAUAUGACUGUUGUUAGUUAAUGCUGUAUACUCAUAUCUCUGUUCUCAGAUGAUUAGCAUUUCCUUGCAUGUGCUGUUGUGCUAAUGUCAGUUAAAAAAAAAAGUAUUUGUGAUAUUUACUUUUCAUUCUUUCCUGCUUUUGUAUAAAUAUUAUCACACUUGUUCUGCCUUUUGCAUUGUUGGAAUGCAUGAUACCCAAUGUAAUGCUGCCAUUCCUCCAUGGAUAAACAAAACAUACUUUGUAUAAAACUAAACCUCUUAAGGUUAAAUCAUUGAAGAGAUUUUAGAUCUGGCUUUUUAUCAACUGGUGUAAAGAGGAGAGGGCGUUUGCUGGAAUUAAAGGUACUCUGUGGAGUAAUGAUACUGUACUGUGGAUGAAUGCUUUGUUCUGUUUUAGCAACAAUCCAGGAAGAACAAGAUUGUUAGGUAGUAAGCAUUUUGUAAAUAGUGCAGGUUUGUAAUACUGGCAACAAUCGACUCUGUUUAAUAAAGAGGGAAAUGGCAUUUAA